AUGACGGCCAGGCCAGCUACCGAGGUGGAGAGAGGGCUUCGUGAGCCUCAAAACCAGAACCCAAACCAUGAUCGCGUUGAAAGCCUUUGGGCACAGCUGGGGCCCAGUGCCAAUGGAGAGUUGGACCUGAAGGGCCUGCAGAAGGGCUUCCGGAAGAUAGACCAUCCGCUCAAGAAUGCGGACGCCAUGUUGAAGAAGAUCAUGACCGAGGUGGACACCAACGGCGAUGGAAAGAUUCAAUACGAAGAGUUUCGAGUUUUUGUACAAAAGGCGGAAAGCCAACUCUACGACUUGUUCAAGUCCAUCGACCGCGACGGCAAUGGGAAGCUGGACCAGGCAGAGCUCCAGACGGCGUUCAAAGCUGCGGGGUUGACGGUGUCGAACCGCAGGCUGCACGACUUUUUCAGCGACAUGGACCAGAACAACGACGGGUACGUCAGUUUUGACGAAUGGCGGAACUUUUUGCUUUUCAUGCCGGGAAAUCAAGAUGCGUCCCAUCUGCAGGCCGUGUUGUCCUUUUAUUACUCGGUAGUUAAUGUCACGCCGGAGGGAGACUCCCUUGUGAGUGGGGAAACACUGGAAGGCUUAGGUAGGGCCGGCUCUAGCUCUUUUCUUAAUAUUCUCUUUGGCUCUCUCCUACGAGUUGCCUUUCCCUCCUAUCCGAGGACACCCCCAGAGCUUCCAUCACCUCCUCCGCCAUCUCCCGCGCAAGCUGCUGGGACACAAGGCCCGUCAGGGGCAGGUGCUACUCCACAGACCGACGGCGAUGGCACCUCAAUCGAGCACCGUGAAGAGUCCUCUACCGGAGCUACACCGACCAAGAAGAAGUUUAAACUGACAGACUUUGCUCCCCAUCCAGGUUACUUCGUUGCGGGUGCCAUCGCCGGUGGAGUGUCGCGGACGGCCACCGCUCCGCUCGACCGAUUGAAGGUCUAUCUGCUCGUCAAUACCGACAGCGGUGCCGAGACGGCAAUAGGAGCGCUGAAGCAAGGCCGUAUCGUUGAUGCGCUUAGGAAUGCGGCGAGGCCCUUUGGCGAUGCUAUGAAGGACCUGUACCGAUCGGGCGGGUUGCGCAGCUUUUUUGCUGGCAACGGGUUGAAUGUUGUAAAGAUCAUGCCGGAGACGGCCAUCAAGUUCGGAUCAUACGAAGCGACCAAGCGUGCGCUGGCAAAUUUCGAGGGCCAUGGGGAUGCCAGAAACAUUAAUUCGUAUUCAAAAUUUGUUGCUGGUGGUCUGGCCGGAAUGGUUGCUCAAUUCUGCGUCUACCCCCUUGAUACCCUCAAAUUUCGACUUCAGUGCGAGACGGUCAAGGAUGGUCUGACGGGGAGUGCCCUCGUUCGACAGACGGCCAUAAAAAUGUAUGCUGAUGGCGGUCUGCGAGCCUGCUACCGAGGUGUCACCAUGGGAUUGAUUGGCAUGUUCCCUUAUAGUGCCAUCGACAUGGGCAUGUUUGAAUUCCUCAAGAAUAACUACCGCAUCCGGUAUGCGAAAUACGCGGGCUGCCAUGAAGAUGAUGCUGAGCCCGGCAACAUCGCCACGGGCAUCAUCGGCGCAACAUCUGGAGCUUUUGGAGCGUCGGUUGUCUACCCGCUUAAUGUCGUCCGAACUCGACUACAAACGCAAGGCACCGUGAUGCACCCCCAAACCUACACGGGAAUCUGGGACGUUACGCAGAAGACGAUCCAGCAUGAAGGAUUCCGAGGUCUCUACAAGGGCCUGACGCCAAAUCUUCUCAAAGUUGCCCCUGCGUUAAGCAUAACGUGGGUGGUGUACGAAAACGCAAAACGCCUUCUCUCACUGCAUUGA